AUCAGAAUCAACUCGUUCGCUGAGUAUUCAACACACAUCUCCUUCAACAACCCAACUUCAAUACCCACCCCAAAAAAACCAACAUGAAGUUCGCCGUUGCCGUAGUCAUGUUCGUGUGCGCCCUGGCUGGAGCUCAUGCCUCGUGGGCCCAGAUCGCUCCCGGUGUGUCCUACGUGAGUCCCGUGGCCCAUGGAGCCGGUCUGUGGAACGGAGCCUGGAAUGGUGCCUGGAACGGUGCCUGGAACGGCGCCUGGAACGGUGCUCCCUGGGGCGCACCUGCCGCCGUUGCCGUCCACGCCAGCGCUGCUCCCUGGGGUCUGACCGGUGCCGGAUGGCACGGAGCCGCCGUUCCCGGAAUUAACCUGGCUCAGGGACCCGGUCUGGCUGCCGGCCAUGGCCAUGAGGGCGUCUAUGUGGCCAAGACCCGUGGCGCCAUCCACACCGCUCCCCUCGCCGGACACAUCAACUCCGCCACCUCCGUGAACGUGGCCCCCGCCCCGGGAACUUUGUAAGUUGGGAGGGAGAUAGUAUCCCUCGCCACCCAGAUAGUUUCCCCACUAUUCAACAACCGAUGCCAAACGGAGCGGAUGGACGGCAGUGUCACUGAUUGCUGAUUACUGAUUAUUGAUCACUGAUAUCCAACUGCUUCAGCGACUCCCCACGACUCUAACCGGAUAGACAAACACAUAUCUCUCUCUGUACACCUAUUGUUAAGCACACCGCUCUUAGUCCCCCUUCGAUACGAACACGAUCCUGAUCUUGGGUCCAUGUCCAUAUCCUCUGGACAUUCUCCCAACGCACUCAGCAAUAUAUAAGUCCAACAGCAAUUACAACAACUACAACAAACCAACAAACGACAGCAUGUUAAUUUUAUUUUUUGAGAACUCUUCAAAUGCCUUCCCAUCUGCUAUCCUGUCUUCCUCCACUCUACUCUACUCUACCGCUAUCACUAUAUAUCUGUCUAUAUCUAUCACUGUCGGGCACAUCGAAUGCCCUGUCAACCUGUAAAUAUCCCAUUGUAUUCUAGUAAUCUGCAACAAUGUAAAGAUUGACGAAAGCGUUAUAAAUAAACUCAAUCAGCGUUUUUUAUACGAA